GUUGGAUGACUUGGAUCCUAUAAAAUAGGUUCGUUCCAGUCAUCAAAUAAACAGUCCUCCUUCUGCUUCAUUGUCGUCUUCUUUAGCAAAACCUCCCCUCCUUCACUGUCUUCUUUCUUCUUUUGAAAAACAUAUCUGUGCCUUCUCAUUUCUCGCUGAUUUCCUGAAGCUAUUUGCUCCGCCAUACUUCGACUGAGCAAGGACAACUUGCUGCGUGUAGCUCCUUGAUUUAGCAUCAUAUAUUCCUUUUCCUUUUCCUACUAAAUAUUCUAUCGUCAUCUUUUUCAUUUCUCUUUAUCUUUCAACUUUGUCUGAAAAUUUCCACUUUCCCUUCUUACGGCUCUUGGGUCUCCCCCAAUAUCCCUCUGCUUUCCUUGCCUUUUGCAUUACCUGACUCAGCUUGUGCUGGGCUCUCUGUUCUCGCUCCUCCCAUUUCUUAUAUCUGUUUCACGCUUACACGCCUUUUCGGUGUCACUUUCCUGGCAAUUUCUCGCUCUUUAAUGACAUCUCAACCCAUAUUCAAUUCAUUCGUGCUAGAUUUCUCUGCGUUUCAAGCUUAUCUCUGACGUCUAAUCCGCCAGCUGCUCCAAUAUGACUGCGCCUUCCAUCAGAUACACCCACCACACUAAACUUGUCUCACCGGAGGAACAACACCAUCUGUGCCGAGGAAUGAGGUAUCCCAGGGUUGUUAGAAUAUGCGUGGCAGACAGCGAUGCCACCGAUUCCUCCAGCGACGAAGAAGGAGGGGCUAUCACGGGCCACCGCGGAAGGAGGUUCGUCAACGAGAUUACCAUCACCCAAAACGAUGUCGUUGCUAAGCCUGAGAACAAGCGCCGGAAGAGUAAUAGGAGCAGAGUGAUGGGAAGUCGGCGGGCGAUGAAGGCGUCGACGGCGAAGAAGUUCAGAGGAGUGAGACAGAGGCCGUGGGGAAAAUGGGCGGCGGAGAUCAGAGAUCCUCUGCGACGUGUACGGUUGUGGUUGGGAACGUACGAAACUGCAGAGGAAGCUGCGAUGGUGUACGACAAAGCAGCCAUUCAGCUGAGAGGAGCAGAGGCACUGACCAAUUUCAUAACGCCACCGGGGAAGGUGACGGAGGAGAAGAAGUCGGAUUCCCCGAAAUCUGUUCUUCAGUCUCAGUACUGUAGUUUGUCAGAGGAGGUUGAAUCUGUAACAACCAAAGAUGAUAUGAGUGAAUGUCGGGACGAAUCGCCGUCGUCGUCGUCAGGGGUAUCGGAGAAUUUCUCAGAAUUUCCGGCGGACGUAUUCGACUUCGAGACAUCGCUGCCGGAUAUAUUUGAUGACACAAAUAUUACAGGAAGCAUCUACUCCGAUGCGUGGGUCACUCCCGCCGAAAACUUCAACUUGGGUUUCGAUUUCUAUUCGGGUUUCGGAUUCUCGAGCUGGCACAGAGAUGACUAUUUUCAAGAUAUCGGUGAUUUGUUUGUCACAGAUCCUCUUGUUGCUCUUUGAGAAGUAAGCAAUAAAAUAGGAUAGGAUUCUCGUAGAAUCUGCAAUUUUUGUAUGGGAUUUGGGAUUUGACUUUGUUUUGUUUAUCGACUAUUAUUUUUUUCUUUUUUGAAAAUUUCCAAUUUCAUGAGGCAUUGCUACGCCUGAUGAGCUGCACUGUUAUUUGACAGAUGAGCUUCGAUCUGUGU